GCAUUGUUCAUGCCAUUGAUCCCCUUCUUUCGAAGUACAUUGCGAAGUAUCCAAGGCUCGCCUCAUUUGACAUGGACUCCCAACUUCAGCACGUUCACAAAGUGUGGGAGCGUAUGCGCACAAACAGUCCUAUUUACGCCUUCCUUCUUGACCAGGUCGAAAUCUAUCAUGCUGAAAAUGGCGUUGUGCGUGCUCGACUUCAGGUAGCACCUCAACAUAUUAACUCGAAAGGGACUCUGCAUGGUGCCUUUUCUGCUUGUGUCACGGACUGGGCCGGUGGAUUGGCCAUUGCAUCUUGUGGUCUGGAUUCAACCGGUGUCAGCGCAGAUAUUCAUGUCAGCUACCUUUCUGCAGCAACGACCAAUGAUUGGCUCGAGAUUGAAGGUCGUGCCGACAAGGUUGGAAAAAACCUUGCGUUUACAACCAUAAGUAUCUUGAAAAAGGGCAGCGCAUGCGAACUGGCGAUAGUUGCGCGGGGAUCCCAUACGAAAUACAUCAAAACCCAAUAACUUUGACGGCUUAUAGUUGGGAGACCUUUCCAGGAAGCCUUCUGCGUAGGGUAGGGUAGCUUAUGAGACCCGCUAUCUUCUUUGCAUCUGGCAUGGAUAGCAUUUUCUUUGAAUGCCCGGAUUCACUCGGAUAGCGGAGAAUAAUUCCAUUCAACUAUAGCUUUAGAUUCCUUGUCAGACAGACUGUGAGGCAAGGAAAUUAUGAAUGGAUACAUAAUUUAUGAUUAUUAUUAUUAGUAUUAUUAUUAUCUUUUUUUUUUUUUUUUUUUUCCCGGCUCUCUUUCUCGGGAUGUGGGGUUCUACG